AUGGCGAAUCACUCCGUCAUUCGUAUUGCGAAGGAGUUGGCAGAUAUUCAAAGAGGUCCAGAUCUAUCUCUCGCAGUUGCUUGUCGAGAUAUCGAUGUUCGAAGCGUUAAAGCAAUUAUAAUCGGUCCACCAGAUACACCUUACGAAUUUGGGUUCUUCGAUUUUGGUGUUCGAUUUGGAAAAGAUUAUCCCACAAAAGCACCUAGUGUUAUUGCGACAACUACGAAUGGAGGAAGAUGUCGUUUCAAUCCCAAUAUCUAUGCGACAGGCAAAGUUUGUUUAUCAAUUCUAGGUACAUGGCGAGGUGAAAGAGGAGAAGAGUGGUCAUCAGCACAAGGGCUUGAGUCAAUAUUAAUCUCAAUCCAGAGUUUAAUGUCGAGCAAUCCCUACGAGAAUGAACCCGGUUUCGAAACGGCGAAUGAUGACCAUGACAGGAAAAACCAAAAGGAUUAUGCUGCAAAGAUUCGCCAUGAAACUCUACGAAUUUCAGUCAUUCAACGUCUUGAGGAAUACUUGAACAUCUCCGCAGCAGGAACAAGUCCACCAUACACAACACCACCAAGCGAUGAUAGCGACAGUGACUUAGAUCGAGAUGUACUUGAUGAUUCUACCGUUGCAUUCGAACCCUUCAAAGAUUUUUGCAAGCGUAGAUUCUUGUGGUAUUACGAUUCGUAUUUGACGGCUAUAGAGAAAGCAAGAAAAGAGGUUAAGGAUCUUCAACCUUUUGCUCGAAUGCCCUUUGAGGGUGGUGGAAAUACUAUGGAGGGAAAGUUCGACUACACUGAACUCGAGAGACGAUUGAGAUUCAUUCGUACCACUUUGGAUGCUGAGACGGCUCAUUGGGCUACUGAAGGAUUAUUAUCACAGAAGAAGGAAAGUGGUGUGGCAGCAAAUCUUCAACGUCAAUUCGAACAAGUGGUUGAAGCAUACAAGAGGGACAAGUCCGUAACCCUGGAUAUUGAACUAGAUAACAAGAAUCCUUUCGUAUGGAAUAUUACCUAUUUCGGUCGCCCCAUGACCAAUCUAGAUGGCGGGCUAUUCAGUAUUAAGCUAUACUUCAGCCCAAGAUUUCCAGAAGAGCAACCAAGAGCCAAAUUUCAGACACCUUUAUUCCAUCACCGAAUUGGACUUGAUGGAACACCUUGUUAUACUCCCAAACGCCCUGAUGAUGCAAAAUCUCAUAUUGAGUCUAUCAUUGAAGCUUUAGAGGAAAUUUCACCACCAUACGAUCCACGAACAUUGGUGAAUGUGGAAGCUUCCAAACUCUUCUGGGGAUCAGUGGAUGAUAAGAAGAAUUACAAUCGAAAGCUUCGGAGAUCGGUCCAAAGUAGCAUGGAGUAA